AUGAAUUUAAUCCACAAGUAUAGUAUUAUAAGAGAUAAGUGUUAUCUCUGUGUUAAAUUGCAUGAUAACUUGCAGCUAACAUGUGGCAAUUCCUCUACAGCUUGUAGCUGCUUUUGUUGCAUAGGUUACUCUUUCUGUGCUGAAAAUGAUCACCCAAACAUUUAUUUCCAAUAA